AUGUUAUUAAGCAAGGCUGUUGCUCUUUCUAUUUUGACAGCAUUGGGUGUCCAAGCUUUGGUCAUUCCAUCUGCUGAACAAGUUGUUGAUAUCUUCAAGACCGAAGUUGGUGAGAUUGCUGAACAAGCAAACGGUAUUGCUGGUGAAGUGUUGGCAAAGUUGAAGAUUGACUUGUUACCAAACUCUGUUCCAUUACACGUUCAAGAAAACAGAGAUGUGUUGCCUCAUAAGUACAUUAUUGUUUUCAAGGAUGGUACUUCUAAAGAAGAGAUGCUGUUCCACCAAGAAUGGGUUGCUUUGGAACAUUUUAAUUCUUUGGCUGACGAUUCUGCUCCUCAUGUUCAACAAUUCUUGAGUAUUGUGCCUGAAGGUAUCAGUACUCAAGGUGGUAUUGAACAUGUUUUUGAUAUUGAAAACUUUAUGUCUGGUUAUUCUGGGUACUUUUUACCAAGCACUAUUGAAAUGAUUAGAAGACAUCCAAAUGUUAAAUUUGUUGAACAAGAUUCAAUUGUUCGUGCUAAUGAAUUUGACAUUGAAAAGGGUGCUCCUUGGGGUUUGGCUAGAGUUUCUCAUAGAGAACCAUUGUCUUUGAACUCAUUCAACCAAUAUUUGUAUGAUUCUGAAGGUGGUGAAGGUGUUACCUCAUAUAUCAUUGAUACUGGUAUUAAUGUCAAGCACACUGAAUUCUCUGGUAGAGCCACCUGGGGUGCUACUAUUCCUACUGGUGAUGAAGAUGUUGAUGGUAAUGGUCAUGGUACUCAUUGUGCUGGUACCAUUGCUUCUGAUACUUAUGGUGUUGCAAAGAAGGCUAAUGUAGUUGCAAUUAAGGUUUUGAGAUCCAAUGGUUCGGGUUCUAUGUCCGAUGUUGUUAAGGGUGUUGAAUUUGCAGCCAAAUCCCAUCAAGAUGCUGUUAAAUCAGGUAAGAAGGGUUUCAAGGGAUCCACUGCUAACAUGUCUUUGGGUGGUGGUAAAUCUCCAGCUUUAGAUUUGGCUGUUAAUGCAGCAGUUAAGGCUGGUAUUCAUUUUGCUGUUGCGGCUGGUAAUGAAAAUCAAGAUGCUUGUAACACUUCACCUGCUGCAGCUGAAUUAGCCAUUACUGUUGGGGCUUCCACUAUUUCUGAUUCUAGAGCAUACUUUUCCAAUUAUGGUAAGUGUGUUGAUAUUUUUGCUCCUGGUUUAAAUAUUUUAUCCACUUAUAUUGGAUCUGAGUCUGCUACAGCUGUCUUAUCUGGUACAUCUAUGGCAUCUCCACAUAUUGCCGGAUUAUUAUCAUACUUUGUUUCCUUACAGCCUGGAGCUGGAUCUGAAUUCUUUACAUCUGAUAAGGGAGUUACCCCAGCUCAAUUGAAGAAGAAUUUGAUUCAUUUUGGUUCAAAGAAUAUGUUGUCUGAUAUUCCAGAUGACGGAACUCCAAACAUUUUGGCUUUCAAUGGAGCUGGCCAUAAUUUGACUGCUUUCUGGGGUGAAGAUACUACGACUUCUGGAUCAGUUGUUGCUGAUGAAACUCAUUUGAAUGAACAAUUUGAACAACUUGAAGGUAAGAUUGAAGGAUUGGUUGGUAACUUUCUUAGUGGAAUCAAAAAGAGUCUUGUUUAA